GUUUCACUAUGAUACCUCUAGACAGCCGAAUAAUGGGUGAAAUUGAUUUUUUUAUUGUUUCAAUGAAAUAGAAUCAAUACAUUCUCCAAGUGCCUCUGCACACACUAUCAAUGGCGUUUAGAAUAAUCAUAACAAAAGCCCUCUUCUUCCCCAAAUCAAUCCCAUUUCAAAACCCUAAUUUCUCUUCAACAACAUGCAACAAUUCACACCCCAUUUCAACUCUUCUCCAACAGUACGGUUUCCCCAUUCAUAACCUCCACAACUUCCUCAAAUCAAACCAAUUCUUACUCAAUUCCAACGUCACAGACAUCGAAACAUCACUAAAAAUCCUAUCUUUAUUCAAUUCUUCCACCAAUUUCAUCACCUCCACUGUUUCCAACUGCCCUAGGGUUCUAGACCUCAAUUUUCUCAAAAAAUGGGAACUGGGUAUUUCAAAAUUAGGGGUUUUAGACAACAUGACCAUGAUCCAGAAGGUCCUAGAAGUUUCUAGAAAGUUUGAUUUAUACCCAGAUGAUGUUUUGCAGUGUAUUGAGUGUUUAAAGGGUUUUAGGUUUAGCUCAGUUACUAUAACUAGGGUUUUAGAGGAGUUUCCUAUGGUUAUUACUAUGAGUGAAGAACAAAUUUGGGGGAAAGUUGAGUUCUUGUUAGGAAUUGGGAUUCAUAGGAGUAAGAUAGACUCGGUGAUCCGAAUGUAUCCCGGGGUUUUGGGAUUCGGCGUGGAGAAUAAGUUGAAGCCGUUGAUCGGCGAGUUUAGUGAAAUGGGGUUUGAACCUAAGGAAAUUAGAGAUGAGAUUGUUAGAAACCCGAAAAUUCUUCGGUCGGAAGUGGGAGAGUUGUCGAAGUGUUUGCGAAUGUUAAAUAGUUUGAAAUGUAGGGUUCCGGUUAAAGAAAAGAUUUUUAGUGAUGGGGCGUUUAGGGCUUCGUAUAAUGUUAAGUUAAGAAUCGAUUGCUUGCAUAAACACGGGUUGUCGUAUAGAGAUGCGUUUAGCGUGUUGUGGAGAGAACCGCGGGUGGUGUUGUAUGAUUUGGAUGAGAUUGAUAAAAAGAUCGAGUUUUUGAUAAACGUGAUGAAGUUUGACGUUUAUUGUUUGGUUGACGUUCCGGAGUAUUUAGGGGUGCAUUUUGAGAAACAGAUAGUUCCUCGUUAUAACGUGAUUGAGUAUUUGAGAUCGAAAGGCGGGAUAGGUGAUGAGGUGGGGUUGAGGUCUUUGGUUAAGUUUAGUAGGUUGAGGUUUUAUAAUCUUUACGUGAAACCGUAUCCGGAAUGCGAGAAGAUAUAUGGGAGGUUUGUGGAUGUUAAGGUUAGACACGGGCAUCCGGAAGGGUUGUGGAAGCUUUUUAAGCCGCCAAAGUAUUCGGAUUCUAAAGAAGAUUUGAAGAACAUUAGGUCCUUUAUGGAACAACUUCAUUAAUGGACAGAAUUGUUUGAAGAACCCUACCCUUAAAAAGUUCGGUGGCUCGUACAAUAAAAUUUGUAUUUCAAAAUAUUGCUCAAGUAAAGGACAAUUCAGCUUCUAAGGAGGCCACCGAGUGGUCAUGUAGCUGACGUGUAGGAGGUAAAUCGUGAAACCACGAACAUGCUUGAACUUCAAAAGGCCCUGAAUCCUAAGCAGUGAGGGGUCGCAGGUCCACGUAAAUCAGCAUUUUCUGAUUUUCAUAUGUUUAUUUGGACAAUGAUUUUCUAUUUUAUAGAGCAGAUUUGAUCUUAGUGGUAAGUCGACUUUCCAUUUAAACGGAUGAUCAUGUCAGUAUGCUUCCAUCACUAAACAGGAUCCACCCCCUGGAACAGCGUGAACUUUAGUUGAAACAAUUUACCAUACACGUAUAGUCAAAACUAUCGAUUUCUCGAUUCCAUUUUAUAUCUGUUAUAGUAUGCAUCAAUACACACCAAUGAAGUCAAAUCCCGUACAUGAUCAAGAAUUUGUAUGAUCAUGCUAAAUAGUUUGCCUUUUGUUUCUUGAUCGACAUAUACAAUAAACCAAGUCCCAAGAACAAUAAUUUCCUUAUCAACUUUUUAGACUUAUGGUUGUUGCUGCAUUGUAAUCUACUGUUCUGCAUGCCCACCGAAGUGCUUCUAAACAAAACGCAGCUUACGCUGGGCAAAUGGCCUGCAUGGGCUGAGCCAGAAAAA